AUGGACCCGUUUGUUUCCCCCGCCAUGGCCACCUCCCAUACGACUCGGCGCCCACUCACUCCGCCCGACUCCGAUUCUCACUCCUUGGAGUCCGCUUCACUCACAUCCUCUUCCCCCUCUUCGCUCCCCUCCGCGUCGACCAUGGCUCCCAUGGCUCCCAUGGCGCUCAAAACCGAGAUGACCUCCAUCGGGACGGCGCUCCAUGUCAUGGCCACGGAGCGUGCGGCCCUCCAGCAUCUCGAGCAUCUCUAUCAGACCGAUGCGCGCGCGCAGCAGGAUCUGGCGCGUGCCGUGGAUCUGAUUGCGCAGACGGUGCGUGACGGGGGUAAACUUGUCGUCUGCGGGGUGGGCAAGAGCGGAAAGAUUGCCCGCAAGAUCGAGGCGACGAUGAACAGUCUGGGCAUUUACUGCGCCUAUUUACAUCCGACGGAAGCAUUACAUGGAGAUUUGGGGAUGAUUCGACCGAAUGACACGAUGCUCCUCAUCUCCUUCUCCGGUCGGUCUCCGGAACUCCUCUGCCUACUGCCUUAUAUCCCCACGACGGUUCCCAUCAUCGCCUUGUCAUCUCACACCGAACCCGAUGCUUGUCCAUUACUCUCCCUGCAUGGCCCUCUUGGGAUGGGAAUUCUCCUGUCCGCGCCCAUCCAUGAGCGAGAGGAGGUGUCUCUAGGCUUGAGCGCCCCAACCUCGUCCACCACCGUCGCGCUGUGUCUAGGAGACGCCUUGGCAAUCGCCAUUGGCCGGAAAUUGCAUACUCAACCGGGACGCGGCCCGGCCGAAGUCUUCCGCGGAUAUCACCCGGGAGGCGCCAUCGGAGCUGCUGCAGGCAUCACCGUCAGCGCGAGCGCGGAUAGUGCUGGCACUCCCUCCACAACCCCAUCCAGCGGGGCGUCUAGUUCCGCCUUUGACUCUCCCUCCUCGUCCAUCUCCGUGCCCUGGGAGGAGCUCUCAAACGGGUCGCCAAUCCCGCCUCUGACCUUACAGCACACCACUUCCGACCAGACUCUCGUCACGCACGAAUCCUUCGUGCCCAUCGACCAAAUCCCCACCGCCUUGGCCCCGUCCACACCGUCGCAACCGGCCCCCGACCUCCGACUCUUGGAUCUUCUCCUCACAGCCAUUCAGCACCCCACAGCCAAGUCAUGGGUCUUUUUAUCCAAGGAUGAAUUGAUUCCUCCUCGACGCGUUCGCCAGCUGCUCUCACAAACGCCCAAUGUCGACCAGCGUGUAUCCGAUCUCGUGGCUUCAGGCCCCGGCCAAAUGUCGCGGGCGGUGUCGCGGGCCAAUUGGUUCCUGGUGGCGGAAUCCACCCCGCUGGCCGAACUGCAACGUCUCGUCUCCACAUCCCGAAAUGGGCCCGAUCCCAUCUCGGUCAUCGCGGUGGUGAAAGACAUCGCAUCUCCAACGAGUUAUCUCGGCGUGAUGGAGGCUGAGGACCUAUGGAUUGGUUGA